UGCUUAUUUACUUAUUUUUGUGCUUGUUCGCCAGUGAAAACCAGCUUUGGGAUCAGACAUUACAAGUAACAUGUUUCCUUCAGCUUCAAAAGAACUGAAAGAAGAUCCUUAUCUCACUUCACUCAAAUUGUUUCGAAAGAAAUCUUCCGUUAGAAAGGUGAUCAUGGAUUAUGCUGAAUAUAUCGCUGCCCAUACAAUGAGACAUUUGUCUAAAGAUUGUCUGAAGUCUGCCGUGUUCCGAGUUCUUGGAGUUGGCAGCGGCCACGGUCAAACUGACCUGAGAAUUCUUGCUGCUGUCGCUAAAGCCAUCGAGUCUUCAGAGAAGAGAGGAGCAGUAAUACACUCGACAAUCAUAGAACCAAGCACCAUGAUAACAGAGUUUAAAACGACAGUGUCGUCGUGUUUGCCUCAGCCCCUCACAGAUCUAGCAGAUUUCUCGUUCCAAUGGCACGAGACGACCUUGCAGAAGUUCAUCGAUUCUUACAGUCCCGAAAUCGAGUGUUUCGAACUGGUUCAUUUUGUUGCGUCCCUUUACUACAUGGAUGCCGAGACAUCUUUGGUCAACUGCUAUAAGCGGCUCGUUAGUGGGGGAGCUAUCUUCUGUACCUUGGGACCCGAAGAUUCGUUUUUUCCCAAACUGUCCAGAAAAUUGCAGGGUCUUGUCGACUUGGGGUCAACAAAGAAGCUUCACACGGAAGUAGAUUUUAUUGACAUUACCAAAAGGAACAAUUGGAAGUAUGAAGAAUUGUCGAAGGCCCACUACACCGUGGACGUAAGUAGCUGUUUCGACGAAUCUUCCACUGAAGGGCAGCUUCUUCUCGACUUCCUAACGCACAAGCAAGAUUUCCGAGUCACGGCCGAUAGAAUGCUCUAUAAAGAUGUCAUGGAGUUUUUAAAUGAAGAAAGCUUCACCGAUGAAAAUGGAAAGAAGCUGGUUAAACCUGAAUUUAUCGCAUUUGUAAUUUACAAAUGACUGGCGUCGUCGUUUCAAAACAAAUGUUGAACUUGCACGUUUGUAAAUUAUAAGGAUGGGUCGAUCUCAAUACUCUUUGCGCUAGUCACGCAAUCUUCCUCCCCACGAACGUUCGUGGGGGAGGAAGAUUGCGUGACACCAAAGAACGUCUGAGGAGGUUAAGGCUUUCGUCCCCUCCUGAGCCCACGUUCCUUAUGUCAGCACCAAAGGAAGAGCCUAACUUCGUCUCCAUGACGUUCUCCACUUUUCAAAAUGACUGAGAACGGGGUUGAGGAAGAGCUCAGUCAUGUCGGUAAGUGUGUUUAUUAAGCAGGAUUGAAAAAUGAGAAAUAAAUGAAAAAAAAACCACACACACACACACACAAAAAAAAAGGUGAAGCAGUUAUUAAACAGUGAUUGAACUCUU